UGGCUGUGGCUAGAAAACAUGUCUGUUUCAAAUUUUUAUUCAUUUAUUUAUUUUUGAACUUUCCUUUCUGGGACUUGAGAUUUUUUUCUGGACUUGUUUUUCAUCGUUGCUAUUAUGAGUGAUACAUUGUAUUCUCCUAUUAUUAUUAUAUUAGCAAUUGGUUCAUUUGUCGAAUAUUUAUUGAGUGCCUACUCUGUGCCAGGCCCUGUUUCAGGGGCUGGACAUACAGCAGCGAACAAGACAGGAAUCCCUACUCUCACGCAUUGUUAUUCUUGAUUGAAGGUAAAUGAGAGAUGUGUGUUUAAAUGCUGUCAGAGGGCACCAAGUGUUGGAGGAAAGUUAGGCAGGGGAAGAGUGGGACAGGAGGAGGGGUUGCCCUUUGAUUUUGGUGGCACCGGAGAGGGCUGCAUGGAAAUGAGGCAGUGUUUGAGCAGAGACCCGAAGAGCAUGGGUGGGUGAGCCCUGCUGUUAGCUGGAGGAACAGAGAGUGGCCAGUGCAAAGGCCCUGAGGUAGGAUGUGCUUGGCAUGGUUGGUGUACCACCAAAACCAGCGUGAUUAAAAGUAAGAGUGAGCAAAGGAGAGAGGGGUGGAGGUGGGGCCUGAGUCCUAAGAUCUUGUGGAACCUAGAAAAGACUUUGUUUUCACUCCAUACUGGGAAGCCACCAGAUUUUGAGCAGAGUAAUGUGGCCUGACUUUUGAAAAUGAGAUUGGUUGCUGCCCUACUGAAAAUGCACUGUCGUUGGUCAAGGGCAGGCAGGGGGAGAUGGGUGAGGGAGGAGGCUGACGCAAUCCAGGCCAGUGCAGUGGGGGUCAGGACCAGCGUGUUCACAGUGGAGGCCGAGAGAUGGUUUGAUUCUGAAUACUUCCGAGAAUAGAGCCAACUGGGCUUAACUAUGGAUUGGAAGCAUAUAUAAAGCAAUACAAGCACCUGGUAAUAAAAAAAUAAAACCAAAUUAGAAAUGAGCAUGGAGUGAAAAGUCAGCGCCUUUUUCCAGUCUUCAGAGGUAACUGCUAUCAGGAGUUUUCUUAUUCCUCCUUCCAGGUUUUUCCUUUGCAUAUUAAUGUGGGAGGGGGAGUGGGGAGGGUGCCUAGGGAUUUUGUUUCCUUGAAAAAGAAUCUAAGGAAACAUUUUAUAGUAACUGGCUGGUCCUCUCUCUAUAUUUUAGGCCUCAUUUUAUAUAAGUAUCUAUUACUUUUCAUUGUUUUUAACUGCCUUCUGUUUUUUUCCAGCUCUAUUGCCAGCACCCAGCACGGUGUCUGGUAUGUAGUAACGGUUUAAGAAAUAUUAAUUGAAUGAAUUAAAUAUUCCAUCACCUAUUUCACUGAUUUCUUGUUGGUAGACAUUUAGAUUGUUUCUCUCUCUCUCUUUCCUGUCUUAAAGCUACCAUUCUUGUCCACAUAUCUUCCCCUAGUUGAGUGUGUUCAUCUGGAGGGGGUUGGCUAGGUGUGGGAUCGCUGGCUCAAAGGGUGUAUGAGUUUUCGGUUUUGACAGUCACAGUGGAACUGCUCUAUACGGAGGUUUCUUCAAAUCACCUAUCAAAGAGAUUUCCUGUUUCCUCUCUCAGAAGCGCUGGUGAUUAUCAAGCUGUAUAAUCUGUGUCAAAUUGGUGGGUAAAAACAGUACUUGCUGUUUUGAUUUGCAUUUUAGAUUUGAGUGGGUUGGAGCGUUUUUAAAAGGUGGUAUCUGUUGGUGAAUCCCUUAGCUCCGUUUUCCCGGGAGCUGGGUGGGCAGUUUCUCAUCCUCAGCCUCGACACCUGCUGGGUGAUGCCUGAAACUUGCGGGGCACCCCCUGUGCCAGACACCAUGCAAAGUGCUGAACGGAUACUAACUCCCGUGAUGGUGGCCCAUGAACGCUGUGAAGGAGGCGUGGUUAGUGUCCUCAACGUUCAGGAAGGCUACUUCUCUCACCGGCCGAAAGAGAAAGUGCGAACGGACAGCAACAAUGAGAACUCGGUGCCCAAGGAUUUUGAGAACGUGGACAAUAGUAACUUUGCACCCAGGACUCAAAAGCAAAAGCACCAACCCGAGUUGGCGAAGAAGCCUCCAAAGGGACAGAAGGAGCUUUUGAAGAGGAAGCUGGAGCAGGAGGAGAAGGGGAAGGGGCGUCUGUCCCCGGGGAAGGGUACCAACGAGGUGCUGCCUCCCGCGGAGAAAGCCGCGGUGAACAGCAGCCGCGGGAAGGAUGUCCCCCGACAGCCCCACGCCCGGAAGAGCGGGGGCAGCCCCCCCGAGGUCAAGUACGACCAGCCCCUCAAGUGCGACAUCUCGGGCAAGGAGGCCAUCUCCGCGCUGUCCCGCUCUAAGUCCAAGCACUGCCGCCAGGAGAUUGGGGAGACCUACUGCCGCCACAAGCUCGGGCUGCUGAUGCCCGAGAAGGUCACCCGGCUCUGUCCGCUCGGAGGCAAAGCCAACAAGAAUGUUCAGUGGGACGAGGACUCGGUGGAGUACAUGCUAGCCAACCCGGUGAGAAUCGCCUUCGUCCUGGUGGUCCACGGCCGCGCCUCCCGGCAGCUGCAGCGCAUGUUCAAGGCCAUCUACCACAAGGACCACUUCUACUACAUCCACGUGGACAAGCGCUCUGAUUAUCUGCACCGGCAAGUGCUCCAGUUCGCCAGGCAGUACAGCAAUGUCCGUGUCACCCCCUGGAGGAUGGCCACCAUCUGGGGGGGUGCCAGCCUCCUGUCCACGUACCUGCAGAGCAUGCGGGACCUCCUGGAGAUGACCGACUGGCCCUGGGACUUCUUCAUCAACCUCAGCGCAGCCGACUACCCCAUCAGGACAAACGACCAGCUGGUGGCAUUUCUCUCCCGCUACCGAGAUAUGAAUUUCUUGAAGUCACAUGGCCGGGACAAUGCAAGGUUCAUCCGGAAACAGGGCCUGGACCGGCUCUUCCUGGAGUGUGAUGCCCACAUGUGGCGCCUGGGGGACCGGCGGAUCCCAGAGGGCAUUGCCGUGGAUGGCGGCUCAGAUUGGUUCCUGCUAAACCGGAAGUUUGUUGAGUAUGUGACGUUCUCCACAGACGAUCUGGUGACCAAAAUGAAACAGUUCUACUCCUACACCCUGCUUCCUGCUGAGUCCUUCUUCCACACGGUCCUGGAGAACAGCCCCCACUGCGACACCAUGGUGGACAACAACCUGCGCAUCACCAACUGGAACCGCAAGCUGGGCUGCAAGUGCCAGUACAAGCACAUCGUGGACUGGUGCGGCUGCUCCCCCAACGACUUCAAGCCGCAAGACUUCCACCGCUUCCAGCAGACAGCCCGGCCCACCUUCUUCGCCCGCAAGUUCGAAGCCGUGGUGAACCAGGAAAUCAUCGGGCAGCUGGACUAUUACCUGUACGGGAACUACCCCGCGGGCACCCCGGGCCUCCGCUCCUACUGGGAGAACGUCUACGAGGAGCCGGACGGCAUCCACAGCCUGAGCGACGUGGUGCUCACCUUGUACCACUCCUUCUCCCGCCUGGGCCUCCGCCGGGCCGAGGCGUCACUGCACACGGAGGGGGAGAACAGCUGCAGGUACUAUCCAAUGGGCCACCCAGCUUCUGUCCACAUCUACUUCCUUGCUGACCGUUUCCAGGGCUUUCUGAUCAAGCAUCAUGCGACCAAUCUAGCCGUGAGCAAACUCGAGACCCUGGAGACGUGGGUGAUGCCAAAGAAGGUCUUCAAGAUCGCAAGCCCACCCAGCGACUUUGGGAGGCUUCAGUUUUCUGAGGUCGGCACUGAGUGGGAUGCCAAGGAGCGGCUCUUCCGCAACUUUGGGGGUCUCCUGGGGCCCAUGGACGAGCCGGUGGGCAUGCAGAAAUGGGGGAAGGGCCCCAACGUGACCGUGACCAUCAUCUGGGUGGAUCCUGUCAACAUCAUCGCAGCCACCUACGACAUCCUGAUUGAGUCCACUGCCGAAUUCACCCACUACAAGCCUCCUUUGAACUUGCCCCUGAGGCCCGGGGUCUGGACAGUGAAAAUUCUCCACCACUGGGUGCCAGUCGCAGAAACCAAGUUCCUCGUCGCGCCUCUGACCUUCUCAAACAGGCAGCCCAUCAAGCCAGAGGAAGCACUGAGGCUGCACAAUGGGCCCCUCCGCAGCGCCUACAUGGAGCAGAGCUUCCAGAGCCUGAACCCCGUCCUCAGCCUGCCCAUCAGCCCCGCCCAGGUGGAGCAGGCCCGGCGGAAUGCGGCGUCUGCCGGCGCGGCGCUGGAGCACUGGCUGGACUCACUGGUGGGCGGGAUGUGGACCGCCAUGGACAUCUGUGCCACGGGCCCCAGUGCCUGCCCGGUCAUGCAGACCUGCAGCCAGACGGCCUGGAGCUCCUUCAGCCCCGACCCCAAGUCAGAGCUAGGGGCGGUCAAACCCGACGGCCGGCUCAGGUAGCACUGGGCACGUGGGGGCCCCAGCAGAUCUCAGAGGGAAAGCAGCCAGGGGGCCGGUGGGACCCGGACCCUGGCCUCCUAGCCCCGGGGGCGCCUUUUGUGAGAGGGGCUCUCCUGCUGGUCAUAGGAUGGUGGAGAAGAAGGGUUUGGCGGCCAAGCAGGUCCUGCCAAUGACCUGCAUUUGGCAGACCGGCUACUGGGGGCGUGGCUGGCCCAGUCCCAGCACCGCGGUGGUCUUACCUCUUCUGGUUGAUCCUCAAGUCCUACAGGUUCCUUGUCUUCCCCUUCCGUAACCCGACCCCCCAGACGAGUGAUUCCCAAACUUUAAUUUUGAGCAGCAGAGCUUUGUUUACUAAGGCACGGGCGGAAGUUCAAGGUGCAGAUAAAAUUCAGGCUGCUCUGGCUGAAGCUGAGCGGGAGGUUCUUCCUCAGAGCUCAGCCCACACGGUGGUCUCCUUGCCAAGGGCGUCUCCUAAGGUACCUCUUUAGAACCCAAGGGCUCUGCAAAAACCUAGUUUGCGAAGCACUGCCCAGACGCCGGGCUUGAUCUCCAGCCCUGCCCUUCGGCUCACUUUCCUGCUCCUCUGGGCGGGCAAGCCCUCGUGCCAGCCCUGAAAUGACAGGUGGUGAAAGUCACGCUCGUGGACCCAUCCGCAGGGAGGGAGCGGGCUCCGGCGGAGAGGCCAGGAUGUGGGGCGGUCCCAGGCUUCCCACCAGCUCUUCUUGGGCUCAGUCAUCCUCCUUCUUAGUAACUAGAUGAGCAGGAGAGCCUUCUGAUGUGCCAUGGCCAAGGUCCACUCCAAGUGUGACUGCCUGACGUCCUGGGCUCCAGGCCACCCCCUCCUUCGAGGUAGAAACGCAGUGAUGCUUUUGAUCAGGAGUGUCAAGCCCCCCAGCCAUUCCUGGGCCGGGAGACCAAGACCAUGGCCCCUCUGGUCCUUGACAGUGGGAACUUUGGGGACCAUGACCGUGAAACUCAUAGAGAUGGCUGGGAGCAGAACUCCUGAGCUGGACAGCACAGCAGUCGUCACCCGCCUGAGCCUUGCGUUCUGAGGCCAGGCGCGCCGAGCCUUUGAGAAUCGCGCACUUGGUGCUGCUGGGAGCGACCAGACCACAUGGAACAGACUCCACAGCCAGGAAAAAGCAUUUCAGAUUUGGUUUUUAAGUUCAGCCCUUCCUUAUCCGAGGUGCCAACAGGCCCAUCUGACAUGGGGCGUCCAAGUGGGACGCUUAAGCAUCCGGUUGUUUAAAACCUAAAAGACAGUGUUAUUCCGAUUGCUUGAGUUACUCAAAACCCAAAGGGUUUCCUUGCCAUGUGCCAUCGGAGGGCCUCCCUGCUCACCCAGAGAGCCCCUCCCUGGGGGCCUCCUUCUCCACCCAUCCCACCCUCCCCCAGAGGACAGGAUUCCCUUGGAAAAGUCCCAGCCCUGGUCACACGCUGUCCUUCCCGUGGAGAGCAGGUCCUUGCAGGUUUGAAGGGACCACUGUCUGCUCCCAGUGCCCUGUCAGCUGUUGGCCCCGACGCACCCCACCCGCCCAGCAAGGCAGGAUGUCCUGUGGGCCAUGGAGGAUAUAGAGAAGGGACACUUCAGAUAUUUAUUAUUUAUAUGUUUUAGUCAAUGACUAAUUAGUAGGUGCUGUUUUUGCAGCUUGUCAAUUAUGUUAUCUUACUAACUGAAGCUGCCUUUAUUCACAAAAGGCCCCCCUUGCCCCGCCUUUCAGCUCCCUCCGCCCUCGUCCCCCAGUCCGUCGUGUCUGUCUCUUUCUGUCUUUCUCUUGCUCUGUCCGUUGCUCUGUAUCUCUCUGUCUCUGUCUCUCUCUGUCCACCCUACAUUCUGCGUGUCCUCAGUGGAAAGCAGGGGUGUUGGACACCAAGAGGAGAAGGCUUCAACCAGCGCCCUCCACUGGCCGGAAGGGAGGGUGCCCUUGGGAACAUUGGUGCCUCGCUUUUCCUCGUGCAGGGCGUGAGCCCCACCUAGCCCUCCAGGUCUCGAGGUGCUGGAGGUCCUGAGCCAUCCCCACUGCCUGCCCCCAGCACAGGGACAGGGACACAACAGGCCGACCACUUGUGGAGGGAGACAGUGCCGGCUGCAGAGCUCGGGGUCCCCGCUCCCUCCAUCGCUGCCCUCCCGCCGCCGGUCUAACCGUGGGCCUCCAUGGACAUGACAAGAGGACUGAGGGAGAGCAGCCUCCUUCCAAGGCCUGGAGGAGAAGAAAUCUGUUUUAGGAAGAGGGUGGGUGGUCAGACCCGGCCAGGUCAGCCCAGGAGUGAGCCCGGCACUUCCAGUGGCCUCAUUGUGGCUUUCUCAGGAAGCCCACGUGAUCUCCACGUGGUUUUACAGGCUUUGUGGGGAUGGAGAGGCCCGUGACUCAGCCUCCUGCCCCCAGCCUCUGCUUCUGGCCCGGGUCCCCGUGAGCCUGUGGCAGCUGCCUGGGGAGCCCCCUUCCACCCUCCUCGCUGAGCCCUGAGGACUCUGCGUUUGCCACGGUGUCAUCUGAAGUGGCUUUGGGGUCUCAGUGCUGGCACGUCCCCGUGUGUGUUGUGAGCCUGCAGGCUCCUCGCUGGCCCCCGCCCCCUGACAUUGCUGACUCCUGUUCCAUCCGGGAACAGUGGAGAAACGGCAGGGCAGGCUUACUGCGGGGAUGGUCCCCUCCCCUGGCCUGGGCGUCGCUUCCCCCACUCACCGCAAGGAGACUGGGAAGUGAAUAGCCACAUGGGAUGUUCCUCGGUGUCGUCUGUUUUUGAAGCAGAGAAUAACUUUGAAGAUGCACAUUUGGUUUAAAAAUGGGCGGGGGGAGCCCAACAAAGCCCAGGAUGAUUUGAGCAGCGGUGAUGUUUACCCAGGGGAAACAGUUUAACUCACAUUUUUAAUGUACCUGAGAAUAAUCUAUUAGUUAGAGGCCAGUGGUCAGGCAGCCUUGAACUGUGGUUGCCUGAGGGUUUUAAAAGCCUGAGAACGUGGUGUCUGGAAACCUGUUACAGAAGCAGAGUGGCGGUGGGCUGAGUCCCUGACCAGGUCCCUGGGACCUCAGGAGGGCUUAGGGGCAGGGUGUGGGGGUCAGUCUGGGGAGAGAAGAGUGUGCUGAAUAGGCUGCGACACUCUGUACAAUUUCCCAUCCACCCCUGUGACAUCCAGGCACAAAUCACGCUCGGGAGGCCACCUUCCCAAGUCCCGCUUCCCGGGCCACGUGCAAGGCCGCAGGUCCCUAAGGAAGACGAGACCAGUUCCUAGGACCGUCGCAAUUUAAGAUGUGCACACACUUCACCCUUUUGAAAAAGUCUGUUCUAAUCCGAUCAGGAGUCAUUCUGACUUCAUUUGCCAUUGUUAGUUUAACUUUUAAAAUGCAAUUGGAGUUUAGAAAAGACGUGCAAGCCCCACCAAUAAAAAGCAGAUCACAGCUCCCCUGGGCUGACGCCGGGUGGGGUGGGCCGUCUGGUUCUCCAGUUUGCAGGGACAAGGAGGACCCUGGCUGGAACCUAGAUCUCUUUGCCAAAAAGGCACAGAGGAGAGGUGAGCAGUAGCUGUUAGGUGUGGUGCUGGAGCAAAGACCCCAUUUACAGCCAAGUUCACAGGGGACUCAGGACCCAGCAGCACCCAAGGGUGAUAGGCUAGAAACAGCUCUUGGUAAAGGCCCACCAGAUUGAAGCCACACCCAGUGGCUGGGGUCACAAAUGCCUAUGGGGUCCAGGACACUAGCACAGAUGAGGGAAGCAGUUGGUAGAGGACAAUAGGGAGCAGUGGGGACUGUGGUCUCCGGCGUGCUCAUGACCCAGACGAAAAAUGCAGCUGCUUCUCAGCUCCAGCCUGUCAUUGCAUGUGAGAAUACAGGCGCAGUGCCGUGGAAUCUUCUGGUAAGAGAAGCCCAAAAUCCAUCUUUUAAUAGGAUAUCUGAUUUGUAAAUGUUGUCAAUUUUUCUGUUUGUCUUGUUUUGUUUUUAACAGAAUAUAGGCAAAGAGAAACUUCACAGUUUAGUCCAUGCACUGCCAGCAACCUCUGCUCUCAGGCGAGUUGGUUUAAAAGAUUAGUUGUUGUCCUGGUGGAGGAGGGAAAAGCCGGCAUUAAGAAGGGACAAAAACAGUAACUUCUACUGAACUCAGAAGGGAAGGGAGACCUCUUACUAAUCAUUCCCAUCUCAAAGAAACGGUCUCCCAGAGGAGAGGUACCCCAUGAAAGCUGGCUUGUUCAGCUCUCCUGGUCACGAGACAGUGUGUGUGGGAGGGAAGACAGAGGAGAAUUUGGAGACCUCGGGAGCUGCCCCUUAGACAUAAGAAGGUCCACAUCAGCCCAGUCCCCACCUUCCAGAAUUCCAUCGUGGCAGGAGACGACCUCCAGGACAGGGUCCAAGGGGAGGGGGUGGCGUGUCCAGCAGCCCAGCUUUCUCCAAAUGCCAGGUUUUAGCAGCCAUCUUGCCACGUGCCUGGAAGCAUCUUCGGAAGCCGUGCUCGCGGGCUGUCCUCUUCGCUUCUGCCUCACUUUCCUUACUUUGCCCAUGGGUCUACCACCGGCGCUACCUCAUGUGUCUGCUGAGAUGUUUACCUGGGGUGGGGGGGUGGGAUAAAGGUGUCCAAAAUCUGCUUGAGCUGAAUGUACAGUCUAUGCAAAUUCUCUGUCUUUCUCUCUCUCUGCCUCUCUGUCUUUCUGUCUCUCUCUCAGAAGUAUAAUUUUUUUUUACCUUGCAAACAAGAUACUGUAUAGAUCCCUCUUAAGACUGAGGAGGGCUUUCAUGCGCCACCUGUGUCUGCCCCUCCCGUUGUCUUUGGUUCUGUUCUUGCCAAGCCCCAAGCAGGGAGAAAGUGGCCCUCCCUUCCCCCUCCUCUUGGCUGGGAACCCUCCAACUGCCUCUGCCUACAGGAAAGCAAGUCUGCAUUUGCCACCCCCAUUCCUAACCGCAUCCUCUCCAUUGCUCAUCCUCCUCUGACUCCCUUAUCCCUCCCUCCCCACCCAAGUAAAGCCUUAGGUUUCUCCUUUUUUGAAAUGUGGCCUUAAAAUUGUUUUCGGAAAGCUGACCGCCCUCUCCCUCCCAUUUCCACCAACAUCCGAGAAGACAGAGCAUCUUGAAGCUUUCAGGGCACCUUCCUAAGAGGGGAGCUGCCGAUCUGAAGUUUGCAGAUGCGACAGAAAUGGCUUACACGUGUCAUCUUUAAGAAAAAUACUCUUAUAUGUUUCCUACGGGUAGAAUGAAGGCUUGGGUGCUCAUCGAAAACUCAGCCAACUCCCAGGCGCUCUCCUAGAGCCCGUCGCCGCCAUCAUGGUCUGGCUUCGUUACAGGCCGAGUGCUAACGUGGGCUUUCCAUCCCUCCCCUCCCCCGAAGACUUGGUGACUUUCUAUACUUCCUUCAAGGGUGAAUCAGGAGAGUUUCUCAAUUUCUCUCUCCGUCCUUCCUACCUGGAAAGUGAUAGCAUUAAAUAUUCCCAGCAGAUGGGCCGUGUUCUCACUCUCCCUACUCUCAGAGUACCUCCUUUACCCUGCCAUCGCUCCAGGGCUGAUGGAGGCCAAAGAUAACCCCAGGGCUUUCAUAGGAAAUUCACUGGAAUUGAGCGCAGUCGUCUUUGUCGCCCUUUCAUCUUUUUUUCUUACAUUAUUAUGUUGUCAGUAGCGUUUGGAUAUUUUUUUUUAGAGGCCUCACAGUAAGUUAUUACCGUCCCCUUUGUUGUUUUUCAGAGACAUGUGGUGAUAUAGUUUUUAAAAAUAACUAUUUUGUUAUAGAUCAUAAUAUGCAUAAAACUGUACAGAACUAUUUUGUAAUGUAUUGAUUUUAAAAAAGAGAAUCUGUAAAUAAAGUUUUAAAAAAAAAAGAGAAUUCAAACGGCACACACUGAAAGAUGUAGAUAUUUUGCUAUUUAUUUAAAGGAGUAUUUUAAGAGAUAUUGAACUAUCUGAAAUUGACCAGUAAUCAAAGUUCCCAUCAUCCGAAUGCUUUUCCUCACGGUAGAAUGUGAUUCUCGAAACUAUUGCACUACGCGCCCAUUUUUGCACCUUUUCUGUCUUUUCAUUUAGCAGAAAAACAACAACGAAAUUGUGCCUUAGCUGUAUUUUUUUGUCUAGGGGAGUCUGUUUCUGUCUGACAAAGCAAAAAUUUUUGCAGAAAACAGUGGAUGUAUGAAAUACUGUAUCAUACCAAAAACACUGCAGGUGUAGAUACAUGCUUUCUGUCAUACUGUGUUUUCAGAUGCAGAAUUUUAAAAUUAAAAAAAAAUGCCAUCUUUAUGGAAGAGUGGGUGUAUGGCUUUUCGGUGAUACCGUGCGUCUCCCCUCUGCUCGGCACUGUCCUCGUGCUGAGACCACGGGCAUAAACUGGGCCUCUCCUGGGAAACCUGAUGUGUGCACACACUCCCUAAUCAACCCUGCUGUCGUCUCUCUCAAUCAGAUUAUCGCAACUCCCUCCUGUAAAAGAUGCCCCUGGUUAAGGCAGAAGUGCGUGGUUUUAAACCCCUUGU